AUGUCGGUGACAUUGGACCUUCAACCGGCCAAAGGUAGCUCACCAGACUUCAUCUCCCGAGGUCCAACGCCGCCACGACAGUACUCGCGGAGUAGUGCAUCAUCUAUUCUCGGCGUGUUGCUUCAGUGCUGCUCGUCACCAUCCCAUUUGAGUAGCAGACAUGGACAUGCUUGGCUGGGACUCGGAUUCAGUUGGCUUGUUCAAAGACGGCGGUCUACGAUAUCAAAGAAGAUCAAGCAUGUGAAAGUGUAG